CAAGGUGCCUGCCUCCAAGAACAUUUAGUUGCCUCCCUGUAGGGCUUUUCCCUCUGCACCAGUUCUCAUCCGCGGACUUAUACAAUCCUUCAAACCCAAUUUCGCGGUCACCAUGUUCAGCGUAGGGCGGCAUUUAACUCACAAAGUUCUACACCAAACAUUCAACUCUCAGGCCGUCAGGAGAAACCUAGAAUAGCCAGUUCAUAAUGGCUAAAAAUAAGAAGGGCAGGUCCAAGCCUUCGCGGCCCCCUCGUCAGCAGAAGCCUCAACAAGGUCGCCGAAAUGGGGCGCCUGUCGAGAACUCGACCGUCUCCCACCUCUACGGCGGCAGCACCGCCUAUGUACCUACAAGUCGGCUGCCCAUCCAUGGCAGCAUGGUCAACGAAGUUAGAAACACUCUCUUCCAUCGUCGCGAAUUUUCAGGGCGUGGAGAUUCCAGGCUCCGGCAUCAGCCGGUUGUCUUCGUCAGUGCAGGCCUUAUGGACCCUCUCAAGGAUUUCGAAGUCACGCUCGACGUUCACGUGAAGAAAACAUCCGUCUCUGCAAGCACGCCGCAAGCACAAGUUGACGGCACAACAGCAGCUCUGGAAAACUCAUCUCCAGCCGAGACGCCACGCUCGUCUGAUCCGUCACCAAACUCUGUACCUGCUCCUGUUGAUAAGCCAUCCUUUGUGAUUGACAUCACCGGAGACAAGUCACUCAGACCUGGAACGAGGGCUUGCGAUGCUGCGUCGCAACAGGGAGACACCGGCUCGGAGUCGGACUCCAGUGAAGACGUCAUUCUGUUCAAGGGCCGGGACCAAGCUCGCCAAACCCCGUCUCGGCCGGGAACGGUCUCAACUCCAGUGGCAAUGCCUCUUCGUUCGGAUUCGCUCGACCUCCCUGAGCUCACCAUAGAGCUGGAUCACAUCGAUAAGAAUACGUUGUCAGAAGCGCUUGAUCAUCCCAUAAGAACGCCUCGCGACUGCAUUCCAUCUCGAGCAAGUAGUUCAGGAUCUCUGAAGGCAAAACCAGCCGGGUUUCUGGCCUUGACAGGCGCAAAUAAAGGCUCCCGACGCGGAAAGCCAUCUCCUGCCCCCCCUGGAAUUGAUAUGGCUGAUGAAGAAGCUGCUAUUAUCGCUGACUAUAUUGCCAAUAUGCGUGAUGAGGACGACUCGGACGAGAACGCCGCCGAUGUCCACCCCGGCCUCGGAUCACACGCUUUCCACUUGCUCCGAGAUCUCGGUGGCUCGGACAGCGAUGCCGUACCAGCAAGGGGGUUGAUGGCCGAGAGUUCAAAUAGGAGCUCGGAAACCGACGAAGAUGACAAUGAUGAUGAUGAGGUCGAUGAAACUGCUUUGCGCCAACACGCAGAAUCUCAAGAUGCGAGGCUCGCACGACUCCUUGCCAAGCAAGAGGAGCUCGGUCUGGGUGGCGAAGACAUUGUUUUGUUCGAUGACGCCGACAGUGAUGGCGAAAAUCUGGAGGGAUGGCAGAUUGCCCCCAAACACACACCAAGACGUCGAAAGAAGGGUGGCUCAAAGCAGGCCAGAAUCGUACAGCAGAAGGGACAGUACCCAAGUGCCUCAAGGAUGGCAGACGCUUUUGAUGACCUGGACCUCAUGGAUUGGCACAGACCAAGUCUUAACAACUUCAAAAGUAUUGGCAAGCGGCAGGAACCUACUUUUGAUUUGUCGGAUUCCGACCUUGAGGAGGCGAUGGCCAUCGCAUGGAAGAAGGACCGGCUAAGAAAGGCUGAGAAAAAGAAAGCACGAGAAGAAUUACGAUCGCAGGGAUUACUGGGCAAACACGCCAAUCCAGAGGAUCUCAAAAUCAAGUAUCGCGGAGGCAUGUCGAUCGACGACAUCGAAGUUGAGUUUGAGGCGUUUCUCAUGGGCCCACGGGAGCAACUCCACCUCCCUCCAUUUGAUAAGAAGAGCCGCCAGACAGUACAUCUGAUUGCGAAUAAGUUCAAGAUCAAGUCGCAGUCAGCUGGCAAGGGCAAUAUGCGUUGUCCAGUUCUUUAUCGCACCAAGGCUACGUUGCCAUAUGAACCGGACUUCUUCAACAAUGUUUUCAGCCGCAUCAAGCAGUCUUGGUUUCCACGGGUCGAUGUCGACGACCAGAUCGUCAGUGAUGCUAAAAUUUUCCGGGCUCGGUCUGAUGUGGGGGCUGCUCGUGCAAGAAAGCGUGGUGUAGUGCAUCUGCGCGAGGGCGAGGUGGUGGGACAGCACGCAUCGGAACUUGGUGUCGAUAACAAGGGAAGAGCCAUGUUGGAGAAGAUGGGCUGGUCCAAGGGUAUGGCACUUGGCACGGAUGACAAUCGAGGCAUCAUCGUCCCCAUCACGCAUGUUGUCAAGAAGGGCAAAGCAGGUCUCGGUGAUCUCUAG